UGCUUCUGUUUCCCGUGGAGAAGAGCUCAGGGUUGUACGGAGUGUCAUUUUACUCGAUGUCGCAGGAUGGAUUAAUUGGGAGCGACAAGUGAAGCGAUGUUUGGGAGGUCGAAGAGCUGGGUGAGCGGCUCCGGCCGGCACCCGUCUAGUGUCCACUCAUUGGACCGGCUAAAGUACAUGUAUCAAGUCUUAACAAAGAACACCACUGUCACGGAUCUUAAUCGGAAUUUGCUGGUGGAAACCAUUCGCUCCAUCACAGAGAUACUUAUCUGGGGAGAUCAAAAUGACAGUUCUGUGUUUGACUUCUUUCUGGAGAAGAACAUGUUUGUUUUCUUCUUAAACAUUCUGCGCCAAAAGUCUGGUCGUUAUGUCUGCGGUCAGCUGCUGCAGACUUUGAACAUGCUGUUUGAGAAUAUUAACCAUGAAACGUCUUUAUAUUACCUGCUAUCCAAUAACCACGUGAACUCUAUCAUUGUUCACAAGUUUGACUUUUCGGACGAAGAGAUAAUGGGUUACUACAUCUGCUUCCUAAAAACUCUUUCAGUCAAACUCAACAAUCACACAGUCCACUUCUUUUACAACGAGCACACCAAUGAUUUUGCUUUGUACACGGAGGCCAUUAAAUUCUUUAACCACCCCGAGCACAUGGUUAGAGUUGCGGUGAGAAACAUCACCUUAAAUAUCUACAAAGUUAACAACCAGCCGAUGUUGCACUAUAUCAGAGAUAAGACAGCGGUGCCGUAUUUUUCCAAUCUUGUUUGGUUUAUUGGAAUCCACGUCAUUGAACUCGACAAGUGUGUUCAGACCGAUGAACAACACAAAAACAGAGGAAGCCUGAGCAACUUGGUAUCACAGCAUCUGGAUCACUUAAACUACCUUAAUGACAUUCUCAUCAUCAACUGUGAAUUUCUCAAUGACGUCCUUACCGACCACCUGCUUAACAGACUUCUGCUUCCGCUGUAUGUCUACUCGCUAGUGAACCAGCAGCAGGCAGCAGACAGACCGAGAAUUAGUCCUCAGGUGUCUUUGUACCUUCUAUCCCAGGUUUUUCUGGCUAUACAUUAUGCACCUCUGGUGAACGCUUUGGCUGAUGUCAUAUUAAAUGGAGACCUGUCGAUGUUCUCAGCCAAAGGAGAACAAAAUGUUCAGAGAAGUUCUGGGGAAGCCAGUGUGCGAUGCUUCAUUAAGCCGCAAGAGACUCUUGAAAAAUCUUUAGAGAUUAGCAGACAAAGGGGGAGGAAGAAACUGCAAAAGAGACCAAAUUACAAAAAUAUAGGAGAAGAGGAAGAGGAGGAUAAAGGACCAGAAGAUAUUCAGGAAGAUCCAGAUAAGGCUAAAGGUUCAGAGAAUAGCCCCAAAGGCAUGAAGGCAAAUGUCGAUACUGAAGAAAUAGAGAUGGUGAUUAUGGAAAAAUCAAAGUUGGCAGAGAAGACCACGUCCAGUGUGACAGAAGAGAACACUACAGACGAGGAGAAAAGUGCAGCCGCUGCUGGAGCGCAAGCUAUUCAGAACAGGCCAUUUCUUGACAUGGUUUACAGUACACUGGAAUGCACCGAAGACGACUACUAUACUCUCUUUGUCUUGUGUCUUCUUUACGCCAUGUCUCAUAACACUGGAAUAGAUCCAGCUAAAUUGGAAAAAACCCAGCUGACGUUGAAGCCUUCAAAAGAAAACCGUGCCUACAACCAUGUGUUAGCCGAAAGGCUUAUCAGGAUAAUGAGCCAAGCAGCACAGCUAGAUAGUAAAGUUCGCCUGGCUACGUUGGAACUCGCGUGCAUUCUGCUUAAGCAACUAGUGUUAUCGGAUAGCGGCUGUAUCAUAAAAGAAGUCCAUCUUGCUUGCUUGGAGGGUGCAAGAGAAGAAAGUGUCCAUCUACUGCGUCAUUUUCACAAGGCAUACGAUAUCUUCAUGGACAUGUUUGAAGAUGAAUACAGGAGCAUGAUGAACAAGCCCCUUAACGUAGAAUACUUGAUGAUGGAUGAAUCCAUUUUGCUGCCUCCAACUGGAACACCUCUAACUGGUAUUGAUUUUGUGAAGCGUUUGCCCUGCGGAGAUGUUGAAAGAACGCGCAGAGCAAUUCGAGUGUUCUUCAUGUUGCGUUCGUUGUCACUUCAGCUCCGAAAUGAACCAGAGACUCAGUUACCCCUGACAAGGGAAGAAGAUCUCAUAAAGACAGAUGAUGUUUUAGACUUGAAUAACAGUGAUUUAAUAGCUUGUACAGUAAUAACAAAAGAUGGUGAACACGUGCAAAGAUUUCUGGCAGUUGAUAUCUAUCAGAUGAGCUUAGUGGAACCGGAGAGCAAAAGACUUGGUUGGGGAGUUGUGAAGUUUGCGGGUUUAUUACAGGAUAUGCAAGUGACUGGUGUUGAGGAUGACAGCAGAGCCUUGAAUAUUACCAUACACAAACCGGUUUCAACACCCCACUCAAAGCCAUUCCCAAUACUCCAAGCUACGUUCAUCUUUUCUGAUCACAUCCGCUGUAUAAUAGCCAAGCAGAGGCUAGCAAAAGGGCGCAUUCAGGCACGCCGCAUGAAGAUGCAGAGGAUAUCUGCUCUUUUGGAUCUCCCCGUCCAGCCAUCUACCGAAGUUAUGGGUUUUGGACACGCGUCGACCUCGGCAAGUCAGCACCUACCUUUCCGGUUCUACGAACAAUCUCGCCGUGGCCUGAGCGAUGUCACAGUGCAACGCUCUGUCUUUGCAUCGGUAGACAAAGUACCAGGUUUCGCGGUAGCCCAGUGCAUAAACCAGCAUAGCGCAUCACCAGCGUCAUCACCGUCCCCUCCAUCGAGUGGCAGCUCCAGUGGAAGCACUGGACCUUGUGAUUCCGUCUCUGCCAGUUUAACAUCAACUCCUUCUACAAUACAGAGCCCAGCAGAUGAUGCGUCAAUACCUGACCAGCCCCAACAGACGAUCUGUAAUGAAGCAGAGAACUCUGAAGAAACACUUUCAGCAGCCUCCAAAACACGGAAGAGUUCAAUGAAGACCGAUGUAGAGAUAGCAAACUUGGCACCCAGCUUGACUCCAGCACCCCAGCCAACCAUUUCAUUGAUAUCCAAUGAAAAUACAGAUGCACUGAGCGUGGAGUCCCUUACGUUGGUUCCCCCCGUGGAUUCGCACAGCAUUCACAUUUUGAAUUGCGUCAUUCAAGUUCCAGCAGAAUCAGAAUGUUUUCCAGAGGCAGAUGAUGGAAGCGUGUACCAUGAGAAGAAAGCCAACACUGAUGCGCAGUGAUCAGAGACAAAAACACCAUGUUUUGGGACAAUCGUCUGAAAGCUGUAAUGGUCAGAAAAUGUGAACAUUCAUCUACCAUGUACAGAUGUCUGCAUCACCAAGGAUGUAUGUAUUCAGCAUUUCCUGCAGGGUUAAGAAGUCCCUGGGGGUACGUGAUGUGGUCCCAUUACUGUACAAGUCAGAUGUUCCAUGAAUGUUCAGUAAGACCCUCUAUGGAAAAGAUCUGUUUCAUUUGCUUAACAUGUUGUUUUCAUGAAAAUUAUUUUUGAAUAAAAACUAGGAAAUAUGAAA